ACAUCAGCAACGUAAAGGACACCUUUGCAAAACAUUUUUGUGUUGUUGGAUACACAUCUCUGGAAUUAGAGUUUUCUUUUUGUCAUUCAACAGAAGGUUGAGCAGAGAACCUAGAAACGUUGUCAUCAUGGCUUCAAUGAUACUGCCAUUCAUCGAAGCACUCUCAGUGUCUGAGGGUUUGAUAGCCUUGGUGACAGUGUGUCUCGUAUACCUGACCCUUAAGCAGUUCCGCAGAGAGAUCCCAAAGGGGCUUCGUCAACUCCCCGGCCCAAACGCAUUUCCUAUCAUAGGAAAUUUGCUAGAGCUGGGCAGCAAGCCUUAUCUAAGUCUUACUGAAAUGAGCAAGCGCUUUGGAGAUGUGUUCCAGAUUCAAAUCGGCAUGCGUCCAGUUGUCAUUCUGAGUGGUUAUGAAACAGUUAAACAGGCUCUCACCAAACAGGGGGAUGACUUUGCCGGCAGGCCAGACCUGUACAGCUUCCGCUUCAUCAAUGAUGGAAAGAGUCUGGCCUUCAGCACAGACCAAGCUGGCAUUUGGCGGGCUCGCAGAAAGCUGGCUUACAGUGCACUGCGUUCUUUUUCCUCCCUGGAUGGAAAGCUCCCAGAAUAUUCCUGCGUGCUGGAGGAGCACAUCUGCAAAGAGUCAGAACAUCUGAUCAAAGAACUCCAAAAUGUCAUGAGAGCUGAAGGCAAAUUUGACCCUUUCCGCUACAUAGUUGUUUCUGUUGCCAAUGUCAUCUGUGGCAUGUGCUUUGGCCGUCGCUAUGACCAUCAUGACCAGGAGCUGCUCAGCUUAGUAAACCUCGCUGAAGAUUUUGUCCAGGUGGCAGGCAGUGGAAACCCUGCAGACUUCAUCCCUGCUAUGCAGUAUCUUCCCAACAAAUCAAUGAAGAAGUUUGUCAACCUCAACAACCGCUUCAACAACUUUGUUCAAAAGAUCGUCACUGAACACUACACCACCUUUGACAAGGACAAUAUACGGGACAUCACAGACUCCUUAAUAGAUCACUGUGAGGACCGGAAGCUGGAUGAGAACUCCAACAUCCAGAUGUCAGAUGAGAAAAUUGUUGGCAUUGUCAAUGAUCUUUUUGGAGCUGGUUUUGACACCAUCUCUACUGGUCUGUCGUGGGCAGUGAUGUACCUUGUGUCAUAUCCAGAAGUUGAGGAGAGGCUUUUUCAGGAAAUCAAGGAGCAGAUUGGUCUGGAUCGUACUCCUACUCUCGCUGAUAGAAACAACUUGCCUUUACUGGAAUCUUUCAUCCUGGAGCUCUUCCGUCAUUCCUCAUACCUACCUUUCACAAUCCCACACUGCUCUACAAAAGAUACAUCUCUGAAUGGCUACUUCAUUCCCAAAGACACUUGUGUCUUUAUCAAUCAGUGGCAGAUAAACCAUGACCCAGGGCUCUGGAAAGACCCCUCUUCAUUCAUCCCAGACCGCUUCCUCAAUGAUGAUGGCACAGAGGUCAACAAGCUAGAGGGAGAGAAGGUGCUCAUUUUUGGCUUGGGAAGGCGGCGGUGCAUUGGCGAGGUUAUCGCACGAAAUGAAGUCUUCCUCUUCUUAGCAAUUAUCAUCCAGAAGCUGCACUUUUACAAGUUACCUGGAGAGCCUGUGGACAUGACCCCAGAAUACGGCCUCACAAUGAAACACAAACGCUGCUACCUGGGAGUUUCAAUGAGAGCUAAGGAUGACCAGUGAAGCUAUGCAUUAUUCAGAAUGUAAGACUCUGAAGGUGUCACAUCUCACAGAAUGUGAGAAGGUGUCCCACAUUCUGUGAUACUAUAGACUGUGAUACUAUAGAUUUAGAGUUACAUUAAGUGUGAAUGAAAGAAGUAUUUUCUAAGAAUCGAGGGCACUGGAUGACCUUUAUCUAUAGAGCUAAUGGCAUUGAAGCGGGUAAGGGAAAUUGUAUGAUGCAGACUGUUAGAGAUAUCUACAUUUGGGUUUAUCACUUUGUAGUUUGAGGCUCUGCAAAGCAAUAUUUCUGCCCAUUGUCUCUGCUUAUAAAUGAAGAACAAGAAGAUGCAUAUUGCUGUGUUGUCCUGUAAUCUAAAAGAAUUCCAUGCAGAGGUGAUUAAGGAUACAAUAGUAAUUGUUAGUCUUUUGGAUGGAGAGUAAAUUUUAGGCAUUACUAUGAAGGGGACUGCAAUCUACAGUCCGCUGUUCCAGAAGUCGCUGUAGCAAACAGAUAUUACAGUAUGAUAUCAUUCCAUUCAAGUUUGUAAGCUAAUUAUUUUCAUUUCACUAUACUGUAAAUGCCAACCCUAAAGCUAUAUUUGUAUCCCUAAAUGUGAUUUUGUGUGUGUGUGUGUGUCUAUAUUUUUAUAUGUCAUUUUUAUAAUUCAAUCAUUCGUUUAUGCUUGAGGUGAACUACUUGUCUGUGCCAAAAAAUUAUUAAUUGAGGCAGUUCAAAUGAUUCUGGAAAAAUAUCCUAAUGCUGUACAAUUUUAUAUGUCUUAUAUAUACCAUGUAUUGUGUAGAAAAAUAAAGGUUGGAAUUAUUUUAUCAAGAGAAAUAAAAUAAAAUGCUGUAUAUAA